AAAUGAUAAAGCUGUUCUACAAAAACAAAAAAGCCAAGUUCAAAAAGCUUCAUGAGGAAGAAAAUGAGGUGUAACAAACCUGACAUAUAUCACUUUUACUUUUUCUCUAUGCAGUGUCACUUUAACCUGUGCAUUAAUAUGAUUUGCAAACUAUUGCAAUUUUAACCGGUAAAGGAAGAGAUUCAACUUCAACUUUGCGUUGUCUGUAAGCAAAGUAUAUAUAUACUUAUAUUCCAGUUAUUCCCUUCAACGACGAAAAAAUCCAAUUCUUAUAUCAGAAGGAGCCAAAUGAGUAAGAUUGUGCAUGUUUUUCUUAACUUUGCAGCUUCUUAUUUUCCAUUUGAAUCUAUUUUCACCUUCCAAGAUCAAGACAAAGCUUUGCAAUAGAAAUGUCAUCUGUAGAAUCAAGUCUACUGACGGAUUUCGAUCACGUCAAGGCUGCUGUCACCGAGUUUGCUAGAGGAUUUAACCACAGUUACUACCAGCCGCUGCAUUUAGCGAUACUCAACGGAGAUUGGGAAUCUACAAAGGCUUUCAUUGAUAACGAUCCAACCGCGUUGACAGCGAAAGUUACGAUACUUGGCAGGAAUGCACUUCAUGUUGCAGCUGUAGGAGCUCAAUGGAAACUUGUUGAGAAAUUAGUCCAACAUAUGCCUGCAAAUACCGUUGCAGAACUGGAUUUAAUGGGCUGUACUUGUCUUCACUAUGUCGCAAUGGGCGAAAGCGUGAACGCUGCCAAAGCAUUGGUGGCUAAAAAUCCGUCUGUUACGCAAGUGACUGAUUUCAAAGGAUUCACGCCACUGAUCUAUAGUAUCACAUCUACCAAUUGUAAAGAGAUGGUUUGGUAUCUUGUUUUGAAUACUACCGACGAAAGGCCUGGUUGUCCGUUCUCGGGUCCCUCUUCUAGUCAUCUCGUUGCUUUGCUUACUGCCGCCGGAUUUCAUGAUAUCACCAUGCAUCUUCUGCAGCACUAUCCUAACUUGGCUACUAUUUCUGAUUCAAAUGGAAGCAUUAUACUUAAUGUUCUGUCAAAAUUGCCAUCACACUUUCAAAGUGGACACAAGCUUGGGUUUUGGAAAACAUGCAUUUACCACUGUGUUCCUGUGGAACUUGAAUCUGGAAAUACAAUAUGGAAUGCACUUCAAAUUCUUGUUCCUAGCAUAAAACUAAUUAGAGAUACAAAAUUGAGAGAUGUAUAUGCUGUGAAAUUGGUAGAAUUUGUUUCCUCACAAGCUUCAACCAUGAAUGACAAUCAAUUCUGGCAAUCUUUUGUGAGUGCGGAUAUUAUUUUCAGCGCGACAUCAUCUGGCAUAGUUGAACUUUUGACGAUUUGUUUUCGGUUUUUUCCUGAUUUGAUUUGGACUCACAUUCCAAACGAAGGAUAUGUGGCUCAAAUCGCUAUCAAGAAUAGGCAAGAAAAAGUUUUUAGUCUUCUAUGCAAGAUGCCAAUAAUUUGCAAGCUUUUAGUGCUGGCAUUAGAUGAAUCACAGAACACUACAUCACAUCUUGCAGCAAGGUUUGCUUUUCAAACAAAAACAAUUUCAGGUGCAGCAUUUCAAAUGCAAAGAGAGUUGCAGUGGUUUAAGGAAGUAGAGAAAUUGGAUCACCCUCUCCAUAAAGAAGUUAAAAACCAAGAUGGUAAAACAGCUUGGCAAGUGUUCAAGCAAGAGCAUAAAGAAUUGCUUGAAGAAGGGAAGAAUUGGAUAAAGGAUACAUCAAACUCAUGUAUGUUAGUAGCAACUCUUAUUGCGACAAUCGCUUUUGCGGCUGCAAUAACUGUACCUGGAGGUAACAACCAGGACAAAGGAAUACCAAUAUUCUUGAAAGAUACCACAUUCAUGAUAUUUGUUGUGUCAGAUGCAUUAGCCUUGUUUUCUUCAAUGGCUUCUCUUCUGGUGUUUUUAGCAAUCCUAAAUGCACGAUUCGCCGAAGAAGAUUUUGUCGUGGCGUUACCGGAGAGAUUAAUAUUAGGUCUGGCUUCUUUGUUCAUUGCUGUAGUGACUACAAUGGUAGCAUUUGGUGCAGCUCUGUCUAUGCUGGUGAAGGAGAGAGUUAAAUGGGCUCCAAUUCCUAUUGCUCUUUUGGCUUGUGUGCCAAUUGCUCUAUUUACACAGCUUCAACUUUCUUUGUUCAUAGAAAUGAUGAAAUCAACUUAUGGAUCUCAUUUCUCAUAUAUAAGAAAAUGAAGGUUGAUGAUUAUUAUGAUAGGAUUAGUUAAUCUUAUAGGAUCAUGUUAGAAUUACAUUCCUAUGAUAGCAUACCAUAUUCUAUAUUCAAAAUGCUUACUCUUAAUGAUAUCAUUCUAUUAAAUAUAACACAUGUUGUUUUCAGCUAUUA